AUGUUGAUCAAUGGCAAGAAGACAACCAUCCAUAAAGGUCUCUCCUUUUCUUUUGAUGAUGAUGGCAUCACCUACAGUGGAAACAGAAAUAAAACAACUGUUAACUCUCAAGCUCAAGCUCUUCUCCGGAAAAAGAUUGCAGCUGUGCUGGAAAAUUUCCAAAGUAGAAGUAAAGCCAGAUCAAUAGCAUUUGUUUGCCAGGGUGGUCCUGGCUUCUGCAACCCUGUGAAGGGAAAGAUGUUCACCAAAGCCAAGUUGAAACAAGAUGAAGAAAUAAGCAGUUUCUGGAAGAAUCUUGGUACAUACAUGUCCAAGAUAGAUCCAGAGCAGACAAAGAUACACUUCAUUGGCAAUAAUGUGACUGGAAAUAAGAAAGGAGAAAAAUUAAUGAAGUUCCUUUCCAAAGCAAUGCGACCAUCAAAGGUCAAGGUUGAAUCCCCAUUAGAACUAGGGCAAUCAGUCUCUGUUCUACAGGAAAAUGUUCCCUCCCUUGCCACAGUAAUAAAAGUUGUUCCAACAGCAAAUAAUGGUUCACCCGAGUUGCUUAACCUUCACCAUGAGCAGGAAAAAGAAACACAAAAACAGGUUAUUUGGUUCAAUUUUCAAAAGACAAAGUAUGUCUAUGAUAGUGAAGAAAAGAAACAAUUCUGCCAGGUGGCAUUUCCAAUCAGUGAAGCCAUGGAACAUUACAACAGUUGUAAAGGUUAUCAGGAAGAAGUAGAGGUUGAAAGAGCAAAGAAAAAAUACGGAUUGAAUGAACUUCAGAUGGAUGUGCCUGAAUUUGGUCAGCUAUUUAAAGAAAGGGCCACUGCUCCUUUCUUUGUGUUCCAAGUGUUUUGUGUUGGAUUGUGGUGUCUUGAUGAGUACUGGUACUACAGCGUCUUCACUCUUUUCAUGUUGGUUGCUUUUGAAGCCACCCUUGUGCAGCAGCAAUUAAAAAAUAUGAAAGAAAUAAGAAAUAUGGGAAGCAAGCCGUACUUGAUACAGGUUUACAGACAUAGAAAAUGGAGACCUACCUUGAGCUCUGAACUGCUUCCUGGAGAUAUUUGUUCCAUUGGGAGAUCUAAAAACUCUGAUGUAUUGAUUCCAUGUGAUAUGGUAUUGCUGAGAGGCUCAUGUAUUGUAGAUGAAGCCAUGCUGACUGGAGAGUCUGUGCCUCAAAUGAAGGAGCCAAUUGAGGAUUUGCCAGAUGAUGAAAUAUUUGACUUGGAGCAGCAUAGUAAAUUACAUGUGCUGUCGGGAGGAACAAAAGUUGUGCAACAUUCUCCUCCGCUCAAGACUUCUGCUGGAUUAAAAGCACCUGAUAACGGAACUGUGGCAUAUGUCCUAAGGACUGGAUUCAAUACCUCGCAGGGAAAGUUGCUGAGGACGAUUUUAUUUGGUGUAAAGCGAGUCACAGCCAAUAAUCUGGAGACUUUUCUCUUCAUCUUGUUUUUGUUGAUAUUUGCUGUUUCAGCAGCAGCAUAUGUUUGGAUUAAAGGCACCGAAGAUCCUAAGAGAAAUCGUUACAAGCUUUUCUUGGAGUGCACCCUUAUUUUGACAUCAGUGGUUCCACCUGAGCUUCCUAUUGAACUGUCUCUGGCUGUAAACUCCUCACUAAUGGCUCUACAGAAACUGGGUGUGUACUGUACAGAGCCUUUUAGAAUUCCAUUUGCUGGUAAAGUUGAUGUGUGCUGUUUUGACAAAACUGGAACACUAACAAGUGACAACCUCAUAGUACAAGGUGUAGCUGGACUCAAAGAUGAUGAUGAAGUGUGUGCAGUCAGUGAUGCUCCUGACAGCACGGCAUACGUACUAGCCUCAUGUCACUCUCUGGCUUUCCUUGAUGACAGUUUAGUAGGUGACCCUCUAGAAAAAGCUGUGUUACAAGCAGUUGAUUGGAGGCUCACAAGAGGAGACAUUGUGAUGCCCAACAAAGGCCGACGCGUUUCCAUGCGUAUCGUACAUCGUCAUCAUUUCUCCAGUGCUCUAAAAAGAAUGUCAGCUAUUGUGUCUUUACAAAAUCCUGGUUCAUCAUCCAAUGAAUAUAUGGUGACAGUUAAAGGAGCUCCUGAAACUCUCAGACCCAUGUACAAGACUGUCCCCAGAAACUAUGAUGCCAUUUACCAUAGAAUGACUUGCCAAGGUGCCAGAGUACUAGCCCUGGGUUUUAAGAAAAUUGGAGAAGUGGCAGCUAAAGAGAUCCGUGACAUGAAGCGCGAGGAGUGUGAAUGUGAUCUUCAGUUUGCAGGAUUCGUUGUGAUAGCUUGCCCACUGAAGAGUGACUCUAAAGCGGCCAUCAAACAGAUCCAAGAAUCUUCACACCAUCUGACCAUGAUAACUGGGGAUAACCCGCUGACUGCAUGUCACGUGGCUCGUGAACUUCGGCUCACCAGGCGUGAAAUUGUUGUUCUGUCACCUCCUGAGAACACUAAAAAUCACGUAGAAAGCGAGUGGCACUGGCAGCCAGUGGAUCGCUCGUUCAGUCUUCCCAUCAUUCCAUCCGGCGGUAUCAAAGAACUGACCUCCAAGUUCGACUUGUGUGUUACUGGAGAGGCAUUUUCCUACUUACAGUCAACGGAGAAAUUGACGAAGUUUUUCCACUCUAUCGUUCAGAAUGUACAAGUGUUCGCACGCGUAGCUCCUAAACAAAAGGAGUUGGUCAUUACCAAACUAAAGAGCAAAGGUUUUGUUACCUUAAUGUGCGGUGAUGGAACCAAUGACGUAGGAGCACUCAAGCAUGCGCACUGCGGUGUGGCCUUACUCGCUGGUGCUCCAGAGAAACUGCCCGAACAAGGCAAGAAAAGUGCGCUGAAAUCCAAGGAAGACAAACCCUCCACAUCCAAUCAAUCAGAGGAUAAAAGUAAAAACGAUUCAAUUAAGAUAGUUUCAAGAGGACACCUCCCUCCCGCACCUGCCAAAGGUGCUUCACGAGCAGCUAAGAUGCGUGCUGUGGCCAGGGGGGACGACACUGCCUCCACCUUAAAACAUGAACAACAGAAAAAGAUCCAGGAGAUGUUAAAACAGAUAGACGAGGCGGAUCAACCCCAAGUUGUCCGGUUGGGAGAUGCGUCAAUUGCCUCGCCCUUCACUUCCAAGCUGUCCUCUGUCAUGGCUGUCUGCCAUAUCAUUAAGCAGGGUCGCUGUACACUCGUCACCACCUUACAGAUGUUUAAGAUUCUUGCGUUGAAUGCCCUGGUGCUUGCCUACAGUCAAAGUGUGUUGUAUUUAGAUGGAAUCAAGUUCAGUGACGGACAAGCUACGUUACAGGGCGUUUUAUUAGCUGGAUGCUUUUUGUUUAUUUCACGUUCUAAGCCUCUUUCGUCUCUCUCCAAGCGUCGGCCGUUACCGAAUAUAUUUAACCUGUACACUAUAAUAACUGUACUAUCCCAGUUUGCUGUUCACUUCUGGGUUCUCAUCUUUAUGGUACAACAGGCAAAGCGACUCACCCCUAGCAUGGAUUCACGACAUAUAGACUUGGAGGCCAAGUUUCAGCCCACUAUUGUGAACAGUACUGUGUAUAUUGUCUCCAUUGCUAUGCAGCUAGCCACGUUCGCUAUCAACUACAAGGGUCACCCGUUCAUGGAGAGCCUCUCAUGUUUAAUUUCAGGGAACCUUUGUUUUUUUACAUACCACAGGGUCACCCGUUUAUGGAGAGCCUCUUAUGCGUAA